GGACAUAACAGUAGCAGAGGCGCGUGUCAGACAGCAGUGACUUGAGGAAAUUUGGCGCAAAUUUGGGGAAAUUCAAGGAGAAAUAAUCGAGCAAAAGUUAUUAAACAUUAAUUCCGGUGAAGAGGAAGAAAGAGAGGGAAAAGAGGAGCAGAUUCAAAAAGAUUCUGAUUCAGAGCGCAUGAUUUUCGAGACAGAUUAUUAUGCGAUAGCGACAAGACUUCAGAGUGUAAUAAACGCUCAACAACAAUACGAGCAGCAGCUCGUUCAGCAAGUAAUCGCACAACGCACAACAACCACCGCAAAAUCCUGGCGGUGCCGGUAUUCAACGAGCUGAACAGCAACGGAUUGAUAUAAAACUUCCGGUUUUAGCCUUACCAGAGUUUAAAGGCGAUUUUAACGAAUGGCUUCUUUUCAAAGACGGCUUUCAGUCCAUGAUUCAUGACAAUGUUAGUCUCUCAGCAAUACAAAAAUUUCAGUAUUUGAGAAGCGCGCUGAAAGAGGAAGCGUUACAGGUCAUCGGCGGAUUAGAUACAUCAGCAGAAAACUAUGUAAACGCAUGGGAAUUAUUAAAAAAUAACUAUGAAAAUACAAAGCUGCUCGUGAAUACGCAUUUAAAUAAAUUGCUCGAUUUUCCCGCGGUCGCGAAAGAUAAGCCGGCGACGAUGAGGCAACUAAUAGUUCAUAUUCGCACACACUUAAAGGCUCUGAGGACACUACGACUUCCGGUGGAGCAUUGGGACGAUUUGCUAAUACACAUGGUCAAACCCAAGCUCGACUACAAUGCUCAAAGGGACUGGGAAGAGGAAGCCAAUAGAAAAAGUCGCACUAUCGAAAUGAUUGACCGAGGAAAGAACAAAACCGAGACAACAAAACCGCCGGCACCAAGAAAGCCAGCGAACUCGGUAUCGGUAGCAACUGCAACACAACAAUCUUGUCCAGUAUGCAGUAACGCGCAUGGGGUAUUCGAGUGUUCUGACUUUUUGCAAAUGUCGAUCUCGGAUAGAAUACAAGGAGCAAAAAAGAAGAAAAUCUGUCUGAAUUGUUUGGAUGAAGGGCAUUUUUCUGCAAAUUGUAGAUCUUCGGGUUGUAAAAGGUGCCAGGAAAAACACAACACGCUUUUACAUAUUGAGCUGCAUGAAAGCACGACGACGAGUCAAAAAGGUAACGAAGCUCCUAAUAAUCCAGUCGUAACGCUGUGCGCAAAAGAAGAACAACCAAAUUUACCGACAUCAGCAGUCGUGAAUGUCGUUCGAAAGCCAAACAAGCAGAUUAUCUUAUCAACAGCUCAUGUUCAUAUAGACGACGAAGACGGUAUUCCACAGAGUUGUCGUCUCUUGCUGGAUCCAGGCUCGCAAUCGAACAUCAUCACCGAAGAUCUCGUGCGUAGGCUCAAACUUCGAUGCCGGAAACAGAACGAAUUCGUUACAGGAAUAAAUCAGGUACAAACACACAUUGCAAAGAUCGUCGAUGUAAAAAUUACGUCGAUGCACACCGAUUAUACAGCAAAGAUCGAGUGUCUGGUUUUGCCAAAUAUCACAGAGAGAUUGCCGCAGCUAAAACUAAACAAAGGGUUAAUAUCCUUACCGAAAGAACUGAAACUUGCCGAUCCUUCGUUUCACGAGCCAGGGAAAAUCGAUCUCCUCGUGGGAGCAGGAUUAUUUUGGCAACUACUGUGUGCAGAUUCAAUCAAACAACAGAAAGGGGUACCGAGGCUUCAAAACACUCUUCUGGGUUGGAUUGUUGGAGGAGAGCUCAUCGACGCGGCUUCAAAGAAUCCUUCGCGAUUCUGUGGAUUAAUAACUAACACGGUGCUUCAAGCACAGUUGGAAAGAUUCUGGAAUCAGGAAGAAUCUCGAGAAACAAGAAGUUACACAAGAGAAGAAGCAGAGUGCGAACGACAAUUCAUGAAUACAUUAAAACGGUACAGCGAUGGAAGGUUUAUAGUAGCGUUGCCGCAGAAAUCUGAUGUCAAACUCGGUGAAUCUGUGCGCCAAGCAAAACGUCGACUGGCCACUCUUGAAAGACGGCUCAAGUCUAAUCCACAAAUCAAAGCAGAAUACGCUCAAUGCCUGCAAGAUUACGAACAACAAGGUCACAUGUCACUCGCACCAGAUGUAACAUCGGCAAGGACGGAAGACACAUUUGUCUUGCCGCAUCAGCUAGUGAUACGCCCGGAAAGUAUCACGACGAAACUACGUGUCGUUUUUGAUGGGUCAGCGAAAACCUCCUUCGGAACAUCGUUGAAUGACAAGCUUUUAAUAGGACCGAAUCUUCAAAAGGAUUUGUUCGAAAUUAUUCUGCGGUUUAGAUCGCAUAAAGUCGUGCUAACAGGAGACAUAACAGCCAUGUUUCGACAGAUUCGCGUUCGAGAGGAAGAUCGCGGAUUACAAACAAUCUUGUGGAGAUCGGACGUAUCACAACCAAUUCAAACGUACCAGUUGAACACCGUAACCUACGGCACAGCUCCAGCACCCUUUCUAGCGAUGCGAUGCUUACGGCAGCUCGCAGCGGAGGACUCUAAAUAUCCUCAAGCAGCAAAAACGAUCGAGGAAGACUUUUACAUGGAUGAUGUGUUGACCGAUGCGGAAACAAUCGAAAAAGCGGUCUCUUUGCAGCAACAAGUCUCCAAAAUCCUUCAACGAGGACAGUUCCAGCUCCGAAAAUGGCGCUCGAACGACGAUCGAGCGUUAGUAAAUUUAUCACACGAUUCUGAGGCAGACAGUCUCUUGAAACUCGACAAGGAAGGAGCUCUAAAAACUUUGGGCCUUCUGUGGGACGCGAAAACUGACAUCAUGCAAUAUAGCGUGACAAUUGAUGAAUCGACAAAAAUAUCAAAGAGACUCGUGCUGUCCAAGAUUGCUCAAAUAUUUGACCCUUUGGGUUUAUUGGGUUCUACACUAAUUAACGCAAAGUGUAUAAUGCAGCAGAUCUGGCAAUUGCAAACCGGUUGGGAUGAGAAUUUACCGCCGCAGCUUCAAAACACCUGGGAUGAAUACUACAACUCGUUACCUAAAAUAAACGAGAUACGCAUACCGAGAAAUAUAAAUCCGGGAAACGACAGCGGAAAAUUCGAUCUGAUUGGAUUCGGAGACGCUUCUGAAAAGGCGUAUGGAGCUUGCCUCUAUGCAGUGUCAAGGAAUUCAAAGGGUGAAACGAAUUCACAUUUGAUAUGCUCAAAAGAAAAUAUGGCUAACAGAGUGACAAAAAUUCAAAAUUUAACACGCAAUGCUGUAUGGCUUCAUGUCCCGUCGGAGCAUAAUCCCGCAGACUUAAUAUCGAGAGGCAUGACGGUCGAAGAUUGGGAGACAAGAGACUUGUGGUGGCACGGACCUCCUUGGCUAAAAACCGGAGAGUGGCCCGAACAAAAAACCAUUAACAUCGAUACAUCCGAGAUGAAACCAUCGGUUGUACUCAUCUCAUCAAAAAGCACGAGUGACGUGCUGAGGAAAUUUUCAACAUACGGAAAGCUUGAGAGAGUGUUAGCUUACUGCAUUAGAUUCAGAUUCAACGCCUUGGGCCCAAAACAGAGUGGAUCUUUGACAGUGGAGGAGCUCGAGCGCGCCGAAAAGGCGAUAGUGAAAAUGACUCAGAGAGAAUCAUUCUUUCCGGAAUACAAUGCAUUGAAGCAGGGUGAGCAAGUCCCAAAGGGCAGUAAACUUGCCGUUCUCAGCCCUUUCUUAGACAAGAGGGAAUUAUUCGAGUAG